UUUCAAUAAUGUUAAGUUAUUAAAAUCGACCACUGUUGUGGUGGGUAGGAACCUGUUAAAAGUGGAGCUACGUUGCCGCACGGACCCAUUUAACAAACGGAUCAAAACAGGAAACUGCGGUAAACAGUCGAUUUGUGAUUGUCGUUCAUUUGUUUGUUUCGUCGUCUGCUCGAGUGAACAGUGGCUGCUGUAGCUUGUUUAAUGUGUUAAUACUAGUUUGAUGCUAAACUAAUUUAAUCAAUGAUGUCGAGGACAGGCUCAUCUGAUCCAUCGGACCGGUUUGAAUAUCUUCAGACUCUGGUCACAGAGUUUCAGGACACAGACAGUGAAGAGGCGAAGGAGCAGGUGUUGGCUAACCUUGCCAACUUUGCGUACGACCCGAGUAACAUGGAGCAUCUGAGGGAGCUGCAGGUGGCCGACCUCUUCCUGGACAUGCUCACCGAGGAGAACGACAACUUUGUGGAGUUUGGGAUGGGGGGACUGUGUAACCUGAGCAUGGACCCCGAGUGCCGACACGUCAUCCUGGAGAGCGGCGGGAUCGGCCUGGUCACAAAUUGUCUGUCGAGCCGGCGCGAGGAGACCGUCCUGUCUGCCGUCACCACGCUCAUGAACCUGUUGACGCCGUCGUCCCGCUCGGAGAUCACCGAUCCAGCCAUCCUGCAGUGCAUGCUGCGCUUCUCCCUCUCGCAGAGCCCUCGCCUGCGCGGCCUGGCUGCCGUGUUUCUGCAGGACUGCUGCACCGAGGCGCAGGUGGCCCGAGCGCAGCGGCAGAUGCAGGGAGAGCAGACCGCUGUCGGGAUCCCGCUGCCUGGCAACGGAGAUCUGACGGAUGAAGUGAGAUAGCGCUCGAAGAUGCGCAUGCACCCCGAACAUCACACGCUGGUUUCAGUCCGUGCUGCCGACGUGAAACCUUCUGCAGGGAUUGGUUCCCAUUCAGGCACAACAGCAUCGUGGAGGUCUGGUCCAUCCUGGAGAAGAUGAGGUCAGGAGCAGAACAGUUGAGUUCAACACAAAGCUGAGAAAUCCAAAUAUUUGGAUAUAUACACCGCUUGAUUAUAUAGAUCUAAUAUAUAGAUCUAUACUGUUGCAAUUAGAGGAUUGCUCUCUCCGACCACAUGAGGGAGACUGGCUAGUUGUUUAAGGUGAAGGACCAUUCUGCUGAUUUGAGACAUCAAUAGAUUUUUAAAAGCACAAUUUUUAUUUUUAUUUUUAAA